GGUAAGAACGAGUCAGCGACUCGGUGCUUCGAACGAGGUGGUGGUGAAAAGAGGAAACGUAACAGAGAACCUGAGAAAGGGAAAGGGAGAGCGCUCUCUCUCUCUCUCUCUCCUCAUCCCUCCCCCCCUUUCGCUAUCUCUCUCUCGCUUGCGUAAAUCGAAACCCUAAUCUUUGAAUGCGUUGCUCAACCUAACCCUAAUCGUUUUAAGGGCUUUUCCCCAAAUUCUUUGCAUGGAUCAGCUCGUCAAUUUCAUCAUCCGGCCUCCAAGGGCUGAUUAUAGUCCAAAGGACGAUUUAUUGGAUGAAGAGUUUAUGCUAAAGGGAAGGUGGUUUCGGAGGAAGGACUUGGAGGUUACAAAUGGUCGUGGUAAGAAACUUCAGUGCAGCCACUAUAUGCCCCUUGUAAUCCCUGAAGGAAAAUCUCUUCCUUGUGUUAUAUACUGUCAUGGGAACAGUGGGUGCAGGGCUGAUGCUAGUGAGGCUGCUAUUAUUCUGCUGCCGUCAAACAUUACAGUCUUUACACUUGACUUCUCAGGGUCUGGGCUUUCUGAAGGAGAACAUGUCACCUUAGGCUGGAAUGAAAGAGAGGAUCUUAGAGCGGUGGUCGAUUAUUUGAGGACUGAUGGUAACAUAUCUUGCAUUGGUUUAUGGGGCCGCUCAAUGGGUGCUGUUACAAGCUUGAUGUAUGGAGCUGAAGAUCCGUCUAUUGCAGGAAUGGUUCUUGAUAGCCCAUUCUCUAAUUUGGUGGACUUGAUGAUGGAACUUGUUGAUACAUACAAAUAUCCCUUGCCAAAGUUCACGGUAAAACUUGCAAUACAGCAUAUGCGCAAGAUUAUCAAGAAGAAGGCUAACUUUGACAUCAUGGAUCUUGACUCAAUCCCGGUGGCGCAGCGUUGUUUUGUUCCAGCUUUACUAGGACAUGCUACAGAUGAUGAUUUUAUACGUCCUCACCAUUCUGAUCGCAUAUAUGAAUCUUAUAUGGGAGACAAGAACAUCAUAAAAUUCGACGGGGAUCACAAUUCUCCUCGCCCACAGUUCUAUUUUGAUUCAAUAACAAUAUUUUUCAUCAACGUAUUAAAUCCGCCCACUGAUAUGCCUGAUGAUCACUAUUACGAUACGAUGCAUAACUACUUUGACCAGGGUCCUUGGGAUACCAUGCAUGACAUAGAAUACGAGAAUCAUAAUUUUGUUGAACCACCUGCAGCACAAGUAACUACCACGACUGAGGAUGCUAUUGCUCAAUUGCGUUCAAGGAGGCUCAUGAGUAGGACAGAGGUCCCAUCUGGUCUUUCCACCCAAGAAGGAUGUGAUGCAUCUGAGGAAAAGGUGACUGAAGGUGGUGUUGGCCCCUCAUCUUCUAGGGUUUGUCCCACUAACCUUCCCAACGACCACCCAGAGAGGCAGUUAACUAGUCCUACUGCUGAGGAUGGGGAAUAUUUGGAGUAUUCUUUUGAUGGCCUAUCAGAAAUACCAUGCACUGUGGAAGACGAACAAAGGAUGAUAAUGGAAGCAAUAAUCUUGUCCCUUAAGGAUUUAGAACGUACACACGUGCAAACUCUUCAAUCCAAUAUAUUGACCGAUACAUCUCAAUCACACGCCGCCGCCAUGAAAGACUCUGUAGUGCCAUCUAAUUUACCACCGGAGACAACAGGAAAUUGCAAUUCAGUGAGCGCUAGCAACGGAUCUGCUAACGGUGCUUCACUUCAUAGUGAAGGAUCAGAGACGGCUGAAGUGGCUACUACAAAUAAUACUGCAAGCUCUGAUCCUGUGGUCGCUGAUGUUUGUAGCGCAUUGGAUACAAAGGGUGUAACUCAAGAUGCAGACACCUCCGGCGGCACAAGGGCCACGUUGGUAGUACAGAAGAACCGGGCCAGCAAUAUCAUGGACGGAUUGACUCACCGGCUUGGCUUUAGCUUCUUUAGGAGCAGCGGGUGAGGUUGAUUAGGGGAUGGUGAUAUUUCUGUGGUUUGCUCGAACUUUUACAUUCUGUAUCAUAUUUUUCGCUUGUGAAUUGCUUUUCUCAGGGUUGCAUCUUCUUAUACUGAGAUAUAUUGGUUUAUUGUUUGUAUAAAUCAAUUAGGAAACAAACUGUGAAAGUAGUUUUUUCAGGGCAUAGAUAUACACAUGGUAUUGAUGUACAUACGCUAGCAUUUGUUGCCUUUCUUAAAAAAUUAAAUGUGUAUAUGUAACCAACAUUUGAUAUCUCUACACCUUUCUGUGACGAGGGCUCUUCUUGUCAUUUUCUUGCACUUUGUCAACAAUGACUAAUCUAAAAAUGUGUAUGGAGACUUCUCAA